AUAUUUACUUCCUCAGUUUCCAAACAAUUUAAGCUCGAGACACCGCUUUGUGUGUUUCCGACGGUGCCUGAAGGCAACAUGAGUACUGCUAGCCAUCUAGCUGCUGCUAGCUUUACCAAGCAGAUGAUUUGACACAGUUUUCUUUAUACAGUGGACGGAUAAUGUAUAGAGUACAGAGAAAUAACCCGAUUUAAGCUAGCAAUACGUUUAAUUUGUUGAAAUUCAAAUGCUGGCUCAAGUAAACGAGGUAAUGUUUAAGCAGGUAGCUGCUAGCAGCAGUUAGCCGUGGUUGCCUCUGACCUAAGCUUCAGAUAUCGACACCUAUAGUUCCCAUUUACGCCACAAAAGUAACUGCUGUCCAAAUCAGCUAUUCUGCAAGGUCCUACUUUGUGGUAAAGGAUGGACAAGUUUGUUGUCCGGCUCCCCAAGAGUGAAACUCUUCAAAAAGCGAAGAGCGACGGGAAGGUUUAUAAGCAAACGACAAUAGAGUCUUUACGGAGGGUGGUUGUGAUUGAGGACAUCAUGCGCUACAAGUCCAUGCUGGAGCUGCCAGAACAGAGCAAAGACAACCUGCUGACUGCCUUGACAGAGCUGAGCAAGAAGAUCCCAUCCAGAGAGGUGCUCAAGUCCACCAAGAUAGGUCACACGGUCAAUAAAAUGCGGAAGCACUUGGACCCUGAGGUGAGUUCAAUGGCAGCAAAGGUUUACACUGACUGGAGGACAUUCAUUGAGGAGAAUUCCAAUAAGCCGUCUAUUGAAGUGCGCUCAGACAAACAAUCAGAAGUGCUCAGGAGCAACGCGAGAAGACUCAUGUCUGAAGCUCUGGAGGUCAAGGAGGAUUCUGGUCUAAUCGACAACAUAGAGAGAGAAGUGUUUCACCAGAGCUCCCGGUUAGUCAGCUCCUCAUACAGGCGGACUGUUAGAGCGUUAGUGUUUGCCUUCAAACACAACCCUGAGACCAGAACUCAAGUGAAGGACAACACAAUAUCAGUCAACCAGCUGGUUUCCAAAUACAAAAAGUGACUUAAAAUAAAUUAGGCUGAUUUUUAAAUUGCAUUUUAUUAUUAUUUUUUGAUUAUUUUGUUGAUUUUCUAUAAAUAACAUACAAAAGACAUUUGUGGCACAUCAGCAUCCUUUCACUGGUUUUUAACUGCACAUGAAUUGCUGUAAAUGUUGAUGAUCACACUUUUGUAAUGUGUUAUGUAUGAUUGCUUUUGUCAAUAGAUCCUUCAUUGUCUUUAUACUGUUGAAUAUUUUUAUACAAAAUCUGAUUUAUAAAAUGACGAGUUCA